AUAGAGGGAUUCUUGAAGGAGGGCAUAAUAAUGAAGAACUUCACGCACGACCACGUCCUCAGUUUGUUGGGCUUGUGCCUCGGCUACAAGAAGGAGCCCAUGGUCGUCCUGCCCUUCAUGGCCAACGGGGACCUCAGGUCAUAUGUCAAGGAUAAGAAGAGGAGCUUCACGGCGAGGCAGUUGUUGCACCUUGCACAGCAGGUAGCAGAAGGCAUGUCCUACCUGGCCAGCCUCAACUUCAUACACAGGGAUCUUGCUGCUCGUAACUGCAUGAUCGACGACAAAAGCCAAGUGAAGGUAGCGGACUUUGGACUCUCCCACCAACUUCACGACAGCGAGUACUACAGCUCGAAGAAUCGGAAGGCCAAGUUGCCGAUCAAGUGGAUGGCGCUGGAGAGCCUGGAGAACUACGUCUUCACCGUCAAAUCGGAUGUGUGGUCCUUCGGCGUGUUACUGUGGGAACUUAUGACCAGGGGUGUGACCCCAUACCCCGACGUUGACGUGUUUGAGACGAGGAACUACCUUGCUAGUGGCAGGAGGUUGUACAAGCCGAAGUUCUGCCCUGAGAAUGUCUACCAGGUUAUGAUGGAGUGCUGGCAGGAGACUCCGGAGAGACGCCCGACCUUCACCGAUCUCGUAAACAGGCUCGAGGUGCUGUUGAAU